GGAGAAAAACAGGGAGUGUGAUAACAGCACCAGGAAGAUUUGUUGGCUCUCUGUCAGUGUGUUUCCCAGCAGCCCGCUGUACUCACUGAUUAUUCUAUAAAAGUACCUGGAUUAUGAGAGUGGGGGCUCCAAUGUUCAGCAGAUACUGUCAACCACAUGGCUGCAGCAGGGAAACUCUCAGUGGACAGGUUGCUGCAGAUGUCCGGCUCUGAGCUGCAGGACACCAUGAGACGCUUGGGCUCCAACUCAGAGGAUCGUUCUCGCCUCACUGCCGCCCUCUCCUGUCUGAAGAGCGCCAAUGAAACAGGAGGUGACCCAAGGCCUGACUUAGGCUCCUGCAGCUCCGAGCCCCAACAGGACAGUGAUGCCUUCUCUCCCAUCAGCCCCCUCUCCAGCCCUCCCACUCGUCUGCAGGCUACCAGUGCUCAUGGCCGCUCCAUCUCCAUAUCAGUGGUGCCUUGUUCAAACGACCAGAGACCUUACAUUUCAGCUGAGGAAAUGGCCGAUGCCUUCGCCCUGGAGCCGAGCUCCCCCCCGGCCAGCCGAGCCUUAAAGACGCGCACCAAGCCCUCCCACACGCCACCGCCGCCUUCCCGCAAACUGCUGCAGCUCCUCCCCAACAUGACGAGAAGCAAGAGUCAUGAGUCACAACUGGCCAACCGCAUCGAGGAGCCUGUGUCAAACAAGGCCUGCAAGAAGAACAGAGCAUUGGCUGCUAUUCAUAUUAACGGCGGUGGGAACCCUCCCGAGGACUCAGCACUGCGUUCCCCGCUGCUGUCUGCCCGAACGCCAGGUCCUGUCCCAGCCUCAGCCCCAUACAUGAUGCCUGCCAACCCCACGCUGCUGGACGAUGUGACCAUGCACAGGAGCUCCCCUCAGACACUGAGGAGAGAUAUCGGCCUGGCUGUAACACACAGGUUUUCAACCAAGUCCUGGCUCUCCCAGACGUGCCAAGUGUGUCACAAGAGCAUGAUGUUUGGUGUCAAGUGCAAACACUGCAAGUUAAAGUGCCACAACAAGUGUACCAAAGAUGCUCCCUCAUGUCGGAUAUCAUUUCUCACAUUGCCAAGGAUGCGCAGGGCAGAAUCAGUGCCGUCGGAUAUCAAUAACCGGAUUGAUCACACAGCAGAGAUCCCACUGCAGUUCGGCACUUUACCAAAGGCAAUAACCAAAAGGGAGCCUCCCCCCAGUUUAAACCAGAUGGACUCCAGCAGUAAUCCGUCAUCAGCCACCUCAUCCACACCUUCCUCCCCAGCACAUUUCCAGCAGAGUAACCCCCCAAGUGUCAGUGCCACCCCCCCACCUAACCCAUCACCACAGGGAUCCCGGGACAACCGCUUCCACUUUCCAGAUGUUUCCGCUUCUGCUCAUGUUCAACAUUCUGGCAGUUGCUACGAUCCUGGAGUGUCACAGGUGGCUGCCACUGAGGCACAGCUGACAGCAGUGGAGCAAAGAGGGGACGAGGCAGAGGAAGACUACCCAGCUGAGGAGGAGGAGGCAGCUGACCUGCACGGCAGAGAAAAGAGUACAGAGGAGUGCGACCAGGAUGGGCUGGAAGACCUGCCUCCUUCCUCAAUAUGUCGUCGGGGGGCCGUUGGCCGCUGUAGGGGCCCCAUCUCCCGUAUGGCCAGCCAGACCAGCGUUUACCUGCAGGAGUGGGACAUUCCGUAUGAGCAGCUGCAGCUGGGAGAGCUCAUCGGCAAGUCACCAACCAGCCUGUGGAAGCUAAAAUCUGGCUAGUGGGCAGCAAUGAGGGCAUUAAGAAGGUGCUGGCAGACGCCAACCUGGGCAAGGAGGUCACGGAGAUCCUGUCCACCUGUUGGUCCUCCGAGGCAGACAACAGGCCCACCUUCACCCAGAUGGCAGGCAUGCUGGAGAGACUCCCCAAACUGAAUCGCAGGCUGUCUCACCCCGGACACUUCUGGAAGCCACCUGAGCUGUGGGAUCAUCAUCACUGCCAUCAAGGCCUGCAUGCACAUUGUCCAUAUAUGUACAAAUACAGCAGCUGAGGGGCAAAGCUGCUCUUGCUUUAUUUUUGAUUGAUGUUGAUUUUUAAAAGACUUUUUAUCCAGCAUAUAACAUGACAUCUGUAUCUGGUAUCGAUUUUUGUUAUCUUGAUUCUGCCCGCAUUCUGAUCAGCUCAAUAAAAUAAUAAUAAUAGCUUAUUGACAAGAUGCCUUCUGCAUACAGUUACACCUGAGAGUCUUCUUCUCCAGAUAAGUUAUCCAGACACAGACUACAUGUUCAUACCGGGUGUAAAUGGGGUCUAAAUCAGGCUCGUACUCUCUUCAAUAGAGAACUGGUCCUUCUGACCUUCUCUUGCCUUUAGGUUGUGCACCAGCCAACUUGCCUUUGAGCUAUUUAAUUUGAAGUGUGUUGUUGUUUCUAUAAAUUCAGCCUUUUAAGUCCCGCCCCUUUUUGCAGUACCAGUUGAGCAUGCCUCCGUCAACUUGCUCUAUAUAUAGUCACAACUUAAGAUGUGACCAU